AUGAAUCUACAUUCCGGACCCGCAACCCUUCCGCGGGGUUUCAAGUGCCCCGACUACGAAGCGCCCAGGACGCCGGAACCGUUCCCCCAAAUGGAUGACGUCCAGAUACCUUCGGCCCCGAGGCCGCGCCUGAAAUUGAGGCGGCGCGUCGUCUCUCAACUCACGGCGCCAACACAGCACUUUCUCGCCUCUGUCGCUGCCGCUGAUGUCCCAAUACCGAGCAUCGAGGAACCCGAGAUCGCGCCUGACGACUACGACAUGAAUGCGCCUUGCCCCUUUCCGGAAUUCGAUCGCGACCAUGAUGAAGGGGAUAUGCAGUUCCUAAGGCCCCAGGGUCGGGGAUUGCCUGCGCCGAAGACACCGGCGCCCGAACUCGAAACCUCGCUGCCGGCCUCUCUGUAUCCCAAUUGGACGAUUGAUUCCAUCAGCAGCGUGGAGUCGACACCAGAGCCUGACUAUGAGUCUAGCAGACCCUCAACAUCAAGGUCAACACAAACUAGCGCAUCGCUGUUCAGCCGCUUCUCGCUUGCUUCAGAUGACUACCAUUACGACAACUUUGGAGACGAGAGCAAGGAGAAGGACAACUACCUUGCUACCCUCCACGAUGAUGCGCCAUCCUGUGGCCCUGCAAACCUCCGAGGAAAGGCGAGGAAAGCCCCUUGGACGAAAGCGAUGAGCGACCACCUCUGGUCAACUUUCAUGUUGUACCUCCAGGAUCCUAAAGUCACCCCGUUUCGCAUGGGCAAGAACUGCAUCCCACCGCAUGGCGUCUGUGUCCGUGUUGCGCGAGAGGCAAAGAGGAGCUGGAAGGGUUCCAAGGCCCUGUCCAAAGCGACUGGCUCUGGCGAGGGUAGGAAGAGCGGGAGCGCCACUCCGACUGCGGACGUCUCGGGCACGUUCAUUCAGUGGCCCCAUACAUGUGCCGCUACCCGCGCGCAUCUGCGAGAUUUGUGCAAGUUGAAGGCCGGCUCUCGAGCCAACAAUCACAAAUUUGCCUCGCGAAACCAUACACCUUUCACGCAGGCUGCUGCCCGUCACUGGAACCGCCGCUCCACACCGGCCCGCUCACCGGCUGCGUUCGCGACGCAGGAUAUGUCUCUCUCGCUUGCCUUGAGCACGUCGGAAAGUAUGCAGCCCAAUGGCCCUCUGGCGCAACUGUCAGCUUCAAAUCCGGAACCUGAAGCCCCAAGCCGCUCGCCACUCCUCGCAGACCAAACUCUUGGCACUUUUGAAGGCGAACCCUCCUUCGCGGAACGGCACCGGUUGGGAUCUCCCUUCGGCGCCAGCAGUUAUGGGCCCAGCUCUUCUGGCUCCCUCGCAGCCGUCCUCGGCCUGCCUGGCCCCAUGCCUCGUCGACAGUCACAGACCGUUGGCGCAAGGCGAACGCUCCAGUCGCCCGUCCGUCUCAGUAGAUCGGGGACCCAAAAGCGGCGGCAUACACAAUCCGGCAUUCCGCGCAAGCGCCCCAGCAUCGGUUCUGACCUCUGGCUCGAACCGGGCUUUCGCGCUGCUGCUGCUGCUGCUGCGACCGCCACAACGAACCCGGCUCCCGCUCAAGAAAAUACGGAACCGAACCGCAACGACGCUUUUUUUAUCCCCAAAAUCCCGUCGUUACCGACGCUCAGUUCCUCAACCAGCAUGCCGAACGUCGGCACGCAGCUCGACGAGUCGGCGCUGCCACUACCCCCACCCCGGCUCGGCUCCCCGUUCACAGGGGAAGGCUCCAGCUUCAGCUUCCCUCACCGAAUGCACCGCGCACACCAGGGCGGCAGCAUUGAUCUCGGCGUCCUCGGCCGGCCGUUCGCGACAAUCCAGCAGUUUUCAACCGACUCCAACCCUGCACCCGCGCGCAACAGUCUCGCCGACCGCCUCGCUUACAUCGACCACCGCCUCAAGGAACUCCGGCAGCGGGAUACGACCCACCGCUCCGAGUCCCCCUUUUAA